CUGACAUGAAAUACAGAAAUUAGAAAUGGCUGCGAUAGGUAGUGGACGGGGGACGAUGGAUUCCCAAAAUCAAGUGCAAAGUGAUACUGUAGACCGUUUAAAAUUACUUUAUCCUAACGUAAAUGAAGAUGAAACACCAUUGCCAAGAUCAUGGAGUACCAAGGACAAAUUUAGUUACAUCGGUUUGUCGCAAAACAAUCUUCGAGUCCACUACAAAGGUGGGAUGCAGGGUCCGGGCCGCCGACCCCACCUGCCCUACCUCCACUUACGCCUCUGGAUGUAUCGUCAUGGCAAGACACACAAGGACGCGGCGAGCGUCCGCGCGACGCACCCCAUACCGGCCGCGUGCGGCCUCUACUACUUCGAGGUCCGCAUUGUGUCCAAGGGUCGCGACGGCUACAUGGGCAUCGGACUCUCCGCUCACGGAGUUAAUAUGAAUCGUCUGCCAGGUUGGGACAAACACUCGUACGGGUAUCACGGCGACGACGGCAACUCGUUCUGCUCGUCGGGCACCGGGCAGCCGUACGGGCCAACUUUCACCACCGGCGACGUGAUCGGCUGCGGCGUCAACCUGGUCGACAACACAUGCUUCUACACAAAGAACGGACACCAUUUGGGCAUCGCCUUCAGGGGGCUGCCGCCCAAUCUAUAUCCGACCGUGGGGCUGCAGACACCGGGCGAGGUGGUGGACGCGAACUUCGGGCAGCAGCCGUUCCUGUUCGACAUCGAGGACAUGCUGCGCGAGCUGCGCGCCCGCACCCGCCUCGCCAUCGACGAGUUCCCGCUGCCCGACGGCCAGGGCGAGUGGCAGCAGGUGCUGCACAGAAUGGUGUCAACAUACCUAGUGCAUCAUGGCUACUGCAGUACAGCACAAGCGUUCUCACGCGCUACCGGACAACCUAUAGACGAGGAUAUAGCAUCCAUUAAAAACAGACAGAAGGUGUCAAAACUGGUACUGUCGGGUCGUAUCGGCGAGGCGAUCGAGCUGACGCGGCGGUUGUACCCGGGACUGCUGGAGCGCGACCACAACCUGCUGUUCCUGCUCAAGUGCCGCCAGUUCGUCGAGAUGGUCAACGGCACCGACUCGGAGCAGGCGUGCGGGGACAAGGCGUGCGGGGCGGCCAGCAACGGCGUCGCCACGUCCGUCAUCUCGCACACCUCGCACCCGCACGCGCACGCGCACGCGCAUGCACACGCGCACGCGCACAUGUGCGCCGCCAACGGACAGGACGUACUCCCGCACACCAAUGGCGUGAGGGAAGAGGGCGUGGGCGGGGAGUGCACGGCGGCGGCCGCGGAGGAGGAGGAGGAGGAGCGGUCGCGGGACGUGGACAUGACGCCGCCGCACAACGGCGAGCACGCGCACGCGCAUCUGCACACAGGUUCGGAGCAGCUGCCGCUGAAGGGCAUGCCCGGGGUGACGGCGAGCGUCGCCGCGCUCAUGGCCCAGUACCGCGCCGGCGGGUGCGUGUGCGAGGCGGCAGAGGGCGCGGCGUGCGCGGAGGCCGCGGCGGCCGGCGACGGCUGCGGCGCUCGCGCCUCCGUCGAGCGCAUGCUGGCCUUCGGCCGCGACCUCUACGCCAUGAGCCAGAAGCUCACGCAGGAUCUCUACCACAAGUCCAUGCUGGAGGACGCGUUCAGUCUGCUGGCAUACAGUAACCCAUGGGACAGUCCUGUAGGCUGGCAGCUGGAGCCGGUCCGCCGCGAGGCCGUCUGCGAGGCGCUCAACUCGGCCAUACUCGGCGAUACCUCGACAACAAAAAGUGAACAUAAAAACAAAUACGCCGGGCUGUACUCUAGAAAAGAGGCGCAGGGCAUGCAGUGGGUGUCGCCGGUGGAGGCGUGCGCGGCGCACUCGCGCGAGCUGCUGCGCCGCAUGUCGCGCGCCGGGCUCGGCGCCUGCGCCUUCGCCGACCUGCCCGCGCUGCUGCGCCGCUGACCGCGCCUGCGUCGUCCGCGUCGUCCGCGUCGUCCGCGUCGCUCCCUGCGGCUAGCCGCGCCCGCCUCCACCCGCCAUCCGGAAACUUCGCCUGAUCACCAGGAAACACCCUGCGGGGCCCGCCUCUAAACUUCGCUGGAACACGAGGAAACCACCUCUCUAGCUGCCUCGCCCGCUCGCCGAAUGUGGUUCCAACAACCCUGACCGUUAUCUUCUGAGAAGGUGACUAUCGAGAGGUGAAGCCAGUCCACGAGAUCUACCUCUAGCUGCCUCGUCGGCUCGGCUCGCAGUCCGCUUAAAAAAGUCGACCGCAAACGGUUAUUUACUACCUACCUGGGUAGACGAUACCAAAAAAGCGAAGCCGCUUCUUCGAGACUUGUCCUACGCUACGCUGUGCCCUCCGCGUCUUCUAGAAGUCAGAAAACUUUCGACUGUUUUGAAAGACUGUUACAAGCAAAUAGAACGAGUUUGCGUUGUCUGAUACUACCUUUCUACUGUCACUCUCAUCGUCGUCUGAUCUGGACAUUUGGCUGUCUUCGAAGACGAUAUCCAAUAGGCGAGCUACGAGAAAGACCUUUCGACAGGGCUGCCGCGAAGAGGCUGCGAUUGAAUGUAAUAAAACAUUUUAAUAUGUGACUGAUAAACAUUAAGCCUUAACGGGAUAUAUAAAUCAUAUUCGAUGUUGUUAAGAAGCAACGAAUUACUAACGUUAACCGACAACAAUGUACUCGCAACUCAUAGAGGACCUACUUCGUAUAUUAUCGCUUUGUGUACUCGUUGUAAUGCUGUGGAGACGGAUCGUCGAGAGACUGUACAUAAAGAUCGAUUUAGUGUCCGCGAUCUGUGUAUAUAUACAUAUAUAUAUGUCAUACGCACAUCCGACGCCUUAUGUGAGCAGUGGUUGGCGUGCUGUGCGAGUCGGGAGUGUGCUGUGUUGCAGUGGUGCGGCGGUCGCUCAGCGGCCGCUCGUUCGGUUUCGUUUUGUAGAACGUUCUUUUGGCGAACCUCCGGUCCUAAGUUGUUAUUGUAUCGUAGAAGUUAACGUAGAACGGUCUAAUGUAUGAUUUUUUUUUACGAUGUUGCUAUGUGAUGUCCGUAUGUCGAGUUAUUCAAAUCAAUAAUUUUUUUUUUGUAUUAAGUUUAUAAAAUACGUAAGACUUUUUUUUAUGAACGUGUUGUUUGGGAUCGCUUGUUCGUUGCCGGCUGGCGCCCAGUUGUCACGCUUUGUCGAGUCUUUUUUAUAUUUAUGAGGUGUAUGAGAUUUAUAUAUAUAUAUAUAUAUGUUUAAUAUAAAUAAAUAUUUAAAGUGUGCUCCAUAAUGACUUCAACGGUACGGACGUUGUAAUAUAUGAGUUUAUAUUAUAGAAUCGAAUAUAGAUAUAGUGUGAUGUGUUGGAUUCACGGACUAUGCGUUGUAUAUUGUCUGUCUCAGUUAUGUUACUAUAGAUAUGUCGGUAGAGUUAUAAAUAAUAUUGUAUCGGGUGACACGGGGCACUGUUGGUUUAAUCGUAAAAUAAAUUUAAUUCAUUAGUGCUUGUAAUGGCGGACCUUUACACCGAUAAUGUAUGGUGUGAGGCGUGGACUAGGCGCUACGUUUUAUUCUGUGGCGUUCUUAGUACGUCUCUGGUUUUGUGGUACUCUGUGGCCUGAUUUCCCGCGCUUUUCGCUGUCAGCUGCUUGUCCCUGUCCGCGCCUCUAUGUUGAAUAGCUGACUUUUUAAAUUGUAUUUGGCGUGAUUAUGAUAAAAAAAGGCUCUCUGAGUUUCAACAGUGCCACCGAUUUUAGUAAGUAGCUAUAUAUGGUAAUUGAGAGGGGAGAUCGUUCGCGUAGUGGUAGUAACGUAGAUUGUUAUGUGACCGCUGCCAUUACAGACGGGCGUGUCUGGCUGUGAGGGCGGCGGGAAUGUAUGGUGACGUCAUGGGCUGAGGCUACUUGUAUGGGACACACAAACUUGCUUAUGUGAGAUAUUCAAAAAGGCUAAAUUGGUUUGUAAUACUGAUUGUCUAUAAACAUCUUUUAAAGUAGCACAUUAUACGCUUUCAGGAAUAUAACAAUUUUACGAUUGAAUGCUAUAUUUCACAGGUACAUUAUUGACACCAGUGGAUACUAUAUUUAAAGUGAAAUAGAAACAUUUUUAAACAAGGUUUAUAUGUAUUUUUUUCUUGUAAUUUUUUGAGUAUUUAUUCGUUUUGCAUAAGCAAGUAUGUUUGUCGAGGCGGUUACCUAAUUUUACUUGUAACAAAAUAGCAAUACGUUGUGCGACGUCAAAUGACGAUUCAUUUGUAAAUAAAUAGUUUGGGGAUUGCAGUAAUGUUACAAGUGAGUUACCCGUUUGUCGCGAGCGAGCGUGAAUGUGCGUGGAACGCCAACGCCUGCGAGCGGGCGGCGGCGCGAGCGGCGAAUACUAAAUACAUGGGCAUUUUGCAUUAUAUUCUAGUACAGGCUGCGCUAGAUAAGUGCUAGAAGAAUCGAUAGAUAUGUUUACGCUACCGCAUGCAUGUGAACGAACGAGGCAACGAUGUCGUCUUGUUUUUUUUUUGUGUGUGGCAGCGUAGAAUUAUCUUCCGACACAUUUUGCUACGUCAAUGUUAAUAUUUUUUUUUUUAAUGACAAGUUUGGUAGUUUAUAACAAAUGAUAAUUUAAUAGAUCGGUUAAUUCUGACAUAUAUCAAUAUAGAAUUGUCCAUUAUUAUAUUUCUAAUCGCAAAAAUUUACCUUCGUAUGUGAAUUAAUAAGUUUUAAAAUAGUUUCACCAUAAUAUCUUCGGUACUGGUUUAUUUGCUUCCUUCUUGCUCAUCUCUUACUAUAUCCUGAGGACGGAGAGACGUCUCAAUGUAUUCUUACUCCUGUAUCUAAAGGAAAUGUCUUUAUCUAUACAAAACAAUAAAAGAAACGAUAGAAAAUAGCCAAAAAAUUCAAUUGAUCGGUCUAUAAGUAUAUACUGUGACAUACAUACACACGGGCUGCUAAUGUCCGCCGCAGAAUAUGCGUACGCCGCUCGCAGCGCCCGCCACACUCCAAAUGUAAACAUAAUUCUUACAAUAUUGUUCUUAUAUUGUAUUGUUUUCUUUUUUUUUUAAUAAUAUAUUGUGUUUAAACGGC